GUUGAUAUAUCCUGAGGUGUUGUUGGUCGCUGCCUGGAUGGUAUCGGCCUGGUAUUACACAGUCACCCCCGUUUGGUCACACAUGUGUAACGUUCGGUAUGGUAUUACGGGGGGCGCAUCUCAUUUCGGGGGCCGUACGCAAUGCCCGCUGCUAGGAAUAUUACAACCAGCACCUCGCGAAAGUAUGAGGUUCCAAUAGUAUGUUCUCAUCUGUCGAGCAAGGUGAUUGUAAGAUUGUUGUGGAACAUUUUGACUGCACACCCGAAUCAUGUUGCGUCACAUCCUGCGCCGCGAUGUAGUUUUUCCAACUCGCGCAGGUGCCGUUCAGCGUCUCGUAGUCGAAAGUGAUCUCCGAGGUAUGCUCCAGCAGCUGCACCGCGAAGCCCUCCGAGGGUUGUCACGCAAUAUGGCAGUGCAUGAGCCAGGCCUGUAUCAACAUCGGUCGCAUAUGGCAGGUUACAACUCAGCAAGGCCCUCUAUUGAAAAACCCUCGACAGGACAUGCUCCCUCAUGGAUCUCUGUGUCGCGGAGAGCUACCAACCCGGGGCUGACAGCCCCACGGACGAUCCCUCAAGGCUUGGUGCCAUCUAUCUCGGGUCAUCACCUUUGCACGCAUAGGCCAGAGCCAGAGUGCCGUCGAGGGUCCACCGAUGACACGCACGUCAAUUCCUGGGCACCAGCAUGCACUGCCGUUGCCGGUCAAUUAGACCCAUCAUACCCCGUGAUGCGUAUCUAGGUUUGCUCGCGUAUAAACCUCCCGCGCAGGCUGUAUCAUGAGAGAAGUCAAAGUCCGG